AUGGCUUCUGCUGUUGAGAGCUCGUCCAAUUCAUUGAACCCAAAGGCCCAGGGUGCUUCUACUGGAGGCAUACCUGCUGACGGCACGGGCGUCGUGAAGCUCGACCCCUACCUCGAACCUUUCAGCGACGCGCUUCGGCGACGUUAUGCCAAGGCUCAAAGCUGGAUCAAGUCGAUCAACGAGACUGAAGGUGGUGUCGAAAAGUUCUCUAGGGGUACCGAGAAAUUCGGAUUCAAUGUGGACGACAAGAACAGCAUAGUGUACAGAGAAUGGGCCCCGAAUGCCACUGCUGCCUUUCUCAUCGGCGAUUUCAACAACUGGGAUCGCACAUCGCACCCGAUGAAGAAGGACGACUUCGGCGUCUUCGAAAUUCACAUCCCAGCCCAAAAUGGCCAGCCCGCUAUACCUCACAACUCCAAGAUCAAGAUCUCACUUGACUUGCCCACAGGAGAGCGGGCCGACAGGAUCCCAGCGUGGAUCAAGUAUGUCACGCAAGACUUGAGUGUGUCUCCGGCAUACGAGGCUCGUUUCUGGAACCCACCGGCGGCAGAAAAGUACCAGUUUCAGCACCAAAGACCCAAGAAGCCUGCCAGUGCACGCGUAUACGAGGCGCAUGUGGGCAUUUCCAGUCCAGAGCAGAGGGUGGCAACCUACAAAGAAUUCACCAAAAACAUGCUGCCCCGAAUCAAAGAGCUCGGCUACAACGUCAUCCAGCUCAUGGCCAUCAUGGAACAUGCCUACUAUGCCAGCUUCGGCUACCAAGUCAACAGUUUCUUUGCCGCGAGCAGCCGCUACGGCCCGCCCGAAGAUCUCAAGGAGCUCAUUGACACCGCACACAGCAUGGGCCUGGUUGUGCUUCUCGAUGUCGUCCACAGCCACGCAUCCAAGAACGUUCUCGAUGGCUUGAACGAGUUCGACGGGACAGACCAUCAGUACUUCCACAGCGGCGGCAAGGGCCGCCACGAUCAGUGGGAUAGCCGGCUGUUCAACUACGGCCACCAUGAGGUGUUGCGAUUCCUCCUCAGCAAUUUGCGAUUCUGGAUGGAUGAGUACCGCUUUGAUGGCUUCCGCUUUGACGGUGUCACAAGCAUGCUAUACACGCAUCAUGGCAUGGGCACGGGCUUCUCUGGCGGCUACCAUGAGUACUUCGGCGCCGAUGUCGAUGAAGAGGCUGUCGUUUAUCUCAUGCUCGCAAACGAGAUGCUGCAUUCACUGUAUCCACACUCCAUCAGCAUUGCCGAGGAUGUCUCCGGGAUGCCUGCGCUGUGCCUGCCGCUGUCUCUGGGAGGCGUUGGCUUCGACUAUCGCCUGGCAAUGGCCAUCCCGGAUAUGUGGAUCAAGAUUCUCAAGGAGCUCAAGGAUGAGCAAUGGGACAUUGGCAACAUCUGCUUCACCCUGACCAAUCGCCGUCACGGCGAAAAGACUAUUGCCUAUUGCGAGAGCCACGACCAGGCACUCGUCGGCGACAAGACAUUGAUGAUGCAUCUAUGCGACGCUGAAAUGUACACCAACAUGUCGGUUCUGUCACCGCUGACGCCCGUCAUCGAUCGUGGCAUGGCUCUCCACAAGAUGAUUCGGCUCCUCACGCACAGCUUGGGCGGCGAGGGAUAUCUAAACUUUGAAGGCAACGAGUUUGGCCAUCCUGAGUGGCUUGAUUUCCCCCGCGAAGGAAACAACAACUCAUUCUGGUACGCUCGUCGGCAGCUCAACCUGACCGAUGAUCACCUGCUUCGCUACCAGUUCCUGAACCACUUUGAUGCCCUCAUGAACAAUUGCGAAGCCAAGUACGGCUGGCUACACUCACCGCAGGCCUUCAUCUCAUUGAAACACGAGGGGGACAAGGUGAUUGUGUUCGAGCGCGCUGGACUCGUCUUUGUUUUCAACUUCCACCCUACAGAGAGCUUUAGCGACUACCGCAUCGGGAUCGAGGUCCCGGGAACGUAUCGCAUCGUUCUGAACAGCGACUCCAAGGAGGUCGGCGGGUUCAAUAGGCUCGAUGAGAACACGCGCUUCUUCACGACCCCGAUGGAGUGGAACGGCCGCAAGAACUGGACUCACAUCUACAUUCCCUGUCGCACGGCUCUUGUCCUCGCACUCGAAAACACAGUAUCGCAGCAGCAGUAG